UUCUACAACUCGGAGUACAGCAUGCCCUCCACCCACGCCAUGUCGGGCACCGCCAUCCCCCUGGCGCUCCUGCUGCUCAGCUACGGCCGCUGGCAGUAUCCCCUUAUGUUUGGACUGAUCCUUGCAUUCUGCUGGUGUUUGUUGGUUUGCUGUAGUCGAAUUUACAUGGGAAUGCAUUCAGUUUUGGAUGUUAUUGCUGGAUUUCUGUAUGCUAUUCUUAUUUUGGUUGUCUUCCAUCCAGUUGUGGACCUGAUCGAUAACUUCAACUUAACUUACAAAUAUGCACCCUUAAUUAUCAUCAGUCUCCAUUUAGCCCUGGGCAUCUUCUCUUUCACUCUAGACACCUGGAGCACGUCUCGAGGCGACACAGCUCAGAUACUGGGCUGUGGUGCUGGAGUAGCCUGUGGCUCUCACGUUAACUACAUGAUGGGUCUAAAUCUAGAUCCUUCUCCCAAGACUUUACCUUUAUCACUUUCCUCUCUCACUGUGACUGUGUUUGGAAAAGCCAUAUUGCGGUUGUUGAUUGGAGUAAUAGUUCUGUUGUUAACAAAAGUAGCGAUGAAAAAAGCCACUAUUCCACUGGCGUGUAAAAUAUUUCGCGUACCACAUGACAAUGUACGGAAAGCAAGACAACGCAUGGAAGUUGAGCUUCCCUAUCGCUAUAUUACGUAUGGAACGGUUGGAUUCUCCCUCAUGUUCAUUGUUCCUUGCCUCUUCCACUUCAUUGGUCUUUCUUGA